AUGAGCUUAAAGGAAAUUAUUGAUGAAGUUUUGAUAGAAACUCUGACAUUAAAUUAAUUGAAGCCCAAUCAUUUCCUAAUCUAGAACAAAGAUUAAACAUUGUACAGAGAAAUUAAAAAGAUGGCCUAAAGUUUCAAAUAAAGAUUUGACGAGACGGAAGAGAUGAAGAUGAAACGUAAAGAACUCAGCUCAUUUAUAUUAAAUUACGGUAGUGGUGAGGCUCUUAGUGGGCGUUUCUCUUGA